GCCAGGUUAAAGUCUUCAGGGCCUUGUAUACAUUUGAGCCCAGAACGCCAGAUGAACUGUACUUUGAAGAAGGAGAUAUCAUUUACAUCUCAGACAUGAGUGAUACAAACUGGUGGAAAGGAACUUGCAAAGGGAGAACUGGACUAAUUCCAAGCAACUAUGUGGCAGAGCAAGCUGAGUCUAUUGAUAACCCACUGCACGAAGCUGCCAAACGUGGCAACCUAAGCUGGUUGAGAGAGUGUUUGGAUAAUCGAGUUGGGGUCAAUGGCUUAGACAAAGCUGGAAACACAGCUCUGUAUUGGGCAUGCCAUGGAGGCCACAAAGAUAUAGUGGAUGUUCUGUUUACCCAGGCAAACCUAGAGUUAAACCAACAGAACAAAUUGGGAGACACAGCUUUGCAUGCUGCUGCAUGGAAAGGUUAUGCAGAUAUUGUAGAGAUGCUGCUGGCAAAGGGGGCAAGAAUAGAUCUGAAGAACAAUGAGAAGAAACUGGCUUUAGACAUGGCAACCAAUGCCGCUUGUGCUUCCCUGCUUAAGAAGAAACAGAGCGCAGGUACAGUCCGAACAUUAAGUAAUGCAGAGGAAUACCUCGACGAUGAAGACUCUGAUUAGCUUUUUUCAUGCAGCCUAAAGAACUAUAACUUGCGUUGCCUAUGUCAUUCCCAAAAAAUAUCUUUGCAACUGUAAAAAUACUUCACUUAGAGCACUGCAGUCUUCCAAUAUAGCAUAUAAAUGAGAGGGUGAAAUCAUGCUUUCCAAAGGAAUAAUUUUCAUGUGUGCUAGAAGAUGCCACGUUUUAAAUCAGAGUUCCUUUGGAAUUUUCUCACAGAGGAAGUGUGGCAUACCCUUAUUCUUCAGUGGGCAGAGGACCGUCUUCUAAACUCAUGGGUUUUAUCUCAGGCCUUCCCAGCAAGUGCCUUGCAUCUCUGGAAAACACUCCUCAAACUGAAAGGUCCCUCUGGGAUUGCAGGACACCAUUGCUAACGUUGCCCAAAAUCUCCCUAGAUAUAGGUUCUUUUGUGUAGGUAAGAUGAUACUGGCAGACUUAGUACUGGCUCACAGGCAUGAGUGGAGAUGCUGCUAUAGAGAGUGACCAUCUUUUGCCCACAUGGAGCCAGCCAAGACAAGGUUUGAUUCCCCCCCUCUCCUCCCCACCCCACCCCCCCUGAUUUUUUCCCCCUAUUCCGUCCUGUACCUCUCUAAGUAAGGGGAAAAAUGGCAUGGGAUGAUCUGCCUCUGGAUGCUUUGUCUUCUUUUGCUAUGGGCCCAAUCCCUGAAAUGUAAACUCAGGUGAAAUGCUUGCUUAAGUCAGUUUUGCGUGACAAAUACACUUAGUUUUGGACUUAGCGACUUGAUUCUUUUGCUUUUUGAAGUGCAUUAUGCUGAAACUAUUUGUAGUGAAAGGAAGACAGCGUAUUUUUCUAUUUAUCCUGCCUAAAAUUUUUUUACUGAUCUCUUGCUUUUAUUUUUUAAAAGUGUUCAUAUAUUUUUUCCUAAAUUACCUCAAAGCUUAAGUGUAUUUGAAGGAACGAGGGAAGAUGUAUAUCGAAUAUACCACAGCUAUCUUUAGAAGACAUAUUCGAAGCUGAAUAAACAUUUUAAAAAUGUAUUUCUUCUUCCUGUGAAUUAAAGAGAACUAAAAAAAAAAUUGAGCCACUUUUCAAGCUUCCCUGCAGAGUUAAAAAAUAAGUACUUCCUUCAGAUUGCUCAAAUAGCUGCAGCCAAAUAUUAUACCCUGCUGAGGGAUACUUCCAUGCUGUGAUGGUAAGAAAAUGUUACAAGUAUUUGAGAUACAAUCUCAUUUUCAGUUUUUGUUGCUAACUUCCGUAUUAGCAACUUUGACAGCUUCAGUCCAACACAGCAGUCUAUGACACUUUAAAAAAAAAAAAAAAAGGGAAAAAAAGAAAGG